AUGAUCAAACUUUGUAAUUACUUUUCUAAUAAUCUUUUCUUCUUCUUCUUCUGUCUUUUAGGAAUCUCAUCAAUAAAUAAUUCGACCAUUCCAACCAAUAAUUCAACAAAACCAAAUAAUACUAAUACUACUACAACACCAGUUCCAACCAAUAAUUCAACAAAUACCAAUUCUACAUCUCCAACACCAACUCCAAACAAAAAUUCAACAACUACUUCCAAUGUAACUAUUCCCCAAGAAGAAGAUAAAUCACCCAAAGUCUAUUCAAUUUCAACCACACCCCCAGAGGGAGGAGUUGUAUUUAUCAAAGGAAAUCAUCUGACUUCCAAGACUCCAAUUUAUAUCUCUGUUGCCGGUGUAAUGUGUUCAACAAUUGAUACUAGACGCCAAUGUGACGACUCUAAUAUAAUUUGUAUACUUGGUCCAUGGAAUGGAGAGACACCAACUCCUCCAGAUUAUCCUCUCCGAAUGAACAUUUUUAUCAAUGGUCAACAAAUUCCAGGUGCUCAUUAUUUCCAAUAUGAAGCUGUUGAAGAAGGAGGCAUUUUAAGAAGUUUAUCAUCAAAAGACAAAAUAUUGAUUGCAGUUUUAAUACCAUUGUCAUUAUUUAUUUUGUUUGGUAUCGUUUUGAUUGCCUAUAUUAAACGUAGAGUUGAUGGUGUAAAUAGAAUGAGUGAAGUUAAAACUAGUCAAGUUCAAUGUCAAUUAACUCAUGAAUUGGCAUAA